AUGGCUCCCCUCUGGUUCCAGCAGAAGUUCUGGGCAGGCUUCCUGAGGUGCUGCCUCUCUGGGAGCCUCCGGAAGCCUGCCCAGGCUGGCUCACCCCGGGCCUGUGGGGGACGCACCCCGCGCCUCCGGGACUGUCACCCACCAACCUGGCAGGCCCUGGGGCGGGGACUUGUCCUCCCUCUGCAGGCUCGGGCAGGCGGGCGCCCUGCACCCACAGCAAGCAGCCUGGAGCGGGAGAGCCCAGCCGCCCCUGCCCAGGCUCGGGGUGAGGAGGCUGACGGGACCCACCGCGCCCGGCCCACGCAGGCCUCCUCGGCCACCCCCGGGCCCGGCGACAGGAGGUGCUGGCCCCUCGGGCGGCCUGGGGAGGAGGAAGGGGGCAGCCGGUACCUUCACCCCCUCCUGGAGCCCACGCCUCCUCCUGGAGCAGCCGGGGGGCCCCCUUGCCAUGCACCCUCACCCAACCUGCACCCUUGCUGGAUCCUGCCUCCAGCCUGGGCACUUCACACACAGCACUCCCUGGAGUUCAGGGCUGCACAGAACAGAGACCCGUCCUCCAGACUGCAUCCCCGGUCCACUGGCGCCCAGCGCCAGCCAUUAAAGAACCACAAGGAAUGUACCGGGGGCCUCUCCAAGGCCGCCUGGCAGCCAGCAAGAGGAGGACCCAAGCGGCUUUCCGGCCCCAGGGCUGCAGACUGGAGCCCGGCCACUCCUGCUGGACUCAGGCCUUUGCCCGCAGGGCCCGUGUGGGCGGGCGUGGGUGCCGUGCCCUUUGCCCCAGGCCUCCAGGCUGCCCCCAGCAGGGCAGGCCCUGUGGAACUUGCUGUCCCUCCAGGACACACCGGCAACAGCCGCAGCCACGAGACACCAACCCUGUGCCACCACAGCCCCUCAACACUCACAGCCCCCCCCACCCCGAGAGGGAAAGAAGCACCCCGGCAGGCCGGCUGUCUCUACACCCCCUCUCUGUCCCUCUUGGGCCAGCCUCCGAGCCUGGACGGGGCCCUUAGCACAGGACAGGCCAGUUCCGGGGGCGCUUCCAGGGAACCGCGGUUUACACCGGCCCGGGAGGCACGGCGGCAGCAGCCUGGACGGAGGGACAAACAGGCGCUGAAGGACGCGAAGCUCGGAGCCGCGCAGGGCGAGAGAGGCAGCGGGGUGGGCUCACACCCCACAGCCCCCGACACCUCUGGGCACCCCGGGGGGAGAGGACUUAACCCCCUCACCAGGGAAGCCACCGCCAGGCAGUGGGGAAAGGCGGCUCCAGGAGGAAAGGGCGGUCUCCGACCCCGACUCUCCCGUCCUCUCCGGGCCGCUGUUGCAAUAAGGCGCAGGCACUCCCCAGAGCCGCGGGGCUACCGGUCACUCACUCCAGUGUGCAUCAGCGCCAAGAGGCGGCUUGUCUCCCGCCUGGGCUGGGACCGGCCGAGGGAAGGCAAGUGCGAGGCGGGAGCGAAUCCCCGAGCCCUUCGUGGGCCCCGUGGGGUGGGGGUGGGGGCAGCGAAGCCCCCUCCCCUCCCCCGGCCGGCGCGCUUCCCGGGGCAGCGCUGCCCCCGCCGGUCCUACGAGGGCGGACCCUGGGCCCGGGCCGCUCAGCCCGAGGACACGAUCCCGCCAGCCCGCCGCGCCUUACCCGGCCCAGGCUCCGCUCGGGGCCCGCCGGCCCUCGGUCCUGCGGCAGCCGGGACUCCGGCCGCUGGUGCUGCGCCGCGCCGCGCCCCGGCCCCGCCCCCGCAAGCAGGCCCCGCCCCAACCCACAGGCCCCGCCCCAUUCCCCGCCCCACCCGCAAGACCCGCCUCCCUGGGCCCGCCCCCUCCCGCAGGACCCGCCCACAUGGCCCCGCCCCCACCCUCAGGAUCCGCCUCCCGGCCCCGUCCCCAUCCCCGCCCGCAGGACCCGCCCACGUGGCCCCGCCCCACCCGCGGGACCCGCCUUCCUGGGCCCGUCCCCGCCCGCAGGACCCGCUCGCAUGGCCCCGGCCCCGCCCACAGGACCCGCCUCCCUGGGCCCGCCCCGCGCCGCCCCGCCCCCACCUCAGGACCCGCCUCCCGCCCGCAGGACCCCCCCACGUGGCCCCGCCCCCUCCAGGGCCCGCCCCCGGCCCGGGCCCCCCACCGACUCCCCUCGGGGCUCAGGCCCUGUGCGGAGGUCGCGGUCCCCAGGGGUCCCAGGUGGGCGUGGGGUCGGCGCCCCGCACGGCAGGCGCUCAGCAAAUGCAGGUGAGCGGACGCACCACCAGCGGCCAGUUCCUCCGGCGGCCCCGGGCCGUGACGCCCCCACCCCGCGAUCACGGUGGCCUCCCUGGAGGAGGCGCGGUCCGCCCCCUCCCGCGUCAGCCCGAGCCUGCGGGAGGCGGCGGCGUCGGUCCUUCCUCCGCCCUCCACCCAGGAACCGGCGCGCGUGGGGCUGACCCGGGUCCGGCGGCGGCCGUGGCACCCGGCCCUCUGCAGGAGGGUUUGCGGAGCCUGCUGGGUCCCUGCCCCUUGCUUCGCAGGCGCCUCAUGGAAAGGGGCCGAGUCCCGGGCGACCCUGCCCCGGGGGUCUGGCUCCAAGGCCGUGGGAGCGGGCGUCCGGGCCCAGAAAAGGGCGCUUCCAUCUCGCCUCCUGGGGGGACUCCCUGA